UCACCAAAAUAUUUUUAAAAUAUUAUUUAAAAUAAAAUUAGUGUAAAUUUAUUCAAUAUUUCACGAAACCUACUCAACUGUUGUAAACUUCUCGGUAUUCAAUCUAAAUAAAUUAUACUAACUUUUAUUUAUUUUAUUAACCCUUUCCGUCACCCUGUCCUCUAUAGAGGACACUUGAUUUCCAUAAGCUUUAUAGACAAAUAUGAUAUGGAACUGUGUUCAGUCAUAGUGUACUCUCUAGAGGACAAGUAUAUAUUUCUUAUUUGCCCGGUUGCUUCGCCUAUUAUUAUCUUCAUUAUCUGAAUUUUUAGUAUUAAUCUGCGUUAUUCCUGGACAAGUAAACAUGCUAUUAUUAUACAUUUUUGUUUUGUCAUUUAUCCUAAUCGUUAUCGCUUUUUAGUAUUGUUGAUUAUUUUUAUAAAUAAUAUAUGUAUUUCUGAAUUCAAUCUAUGCGUUAGAUAUUAAAAAUUUUUAUUCGAUCGAACGUUAUCGUGCGUUAUGUACGUGUACUCCGUAAAGGACAUUGUGACGCUCCGGUAACUCCGAUAACUGUUUUAUAUUUUUUUAAAGUUGUAUAAAUAUAAUAAAUAUGAUUCGUCAAGAUCGCCUUAAAUUAUUAGACGAUGAUAUUUUAAAUAUACUUGAAAAUGGAGAUGACUCCGACAUCGAGGAAUUUGCUAACGACGAUGAUUUGGGAAAUAAUUAUUGUCACGAGGAUUUAAAAUUACUUGAAGACUUUUUAACUAAUAAUGAAGAUUUUGAUGAUAUGGGUGAAAAUAUUGAAGUCGAAAUCGACGAAAACGCAGUUGAAGAAAAUAUAGUAGAUAAUAUUCAAAAUGUUGUUCCUACUUCCUCCGUGUCAUCUAGCGACUAUUUCACCCAACAAGAUUUGACUGACAAAAAAAAUGUUACUUGGAUUCGUGGUGAAUACAUAACUCUACCUUUUGAUAUUUUUGAACCACAUCUAAAUAUAACUUUCGACUUGUCUUCUCCACUUCAAUUGUUCAGUAAUUAUUUUUCAGACGAAUUAUUAGAAACCGCUGUUUUUAACACAAAUUUAUACGCUGUUCGUAAUAAUGUACCAAACUUUCCUCCUACUACAGUAGCAGAAUUGAAAACGUUUAUAGGCAUAAAUAUUUUGAUGGGAAAUCUUGGUUUACCACGAGUGCGUAUGUACUGGGAGCCAAAAUUCGCCGUCCCAUUAAUUUCGGAAAAUAUGACUUCAAAUAGAUUUUUUAAAUUGAGAAAUAAUUUACAUUUUAUAAUCGAUAAAGACCCGAAUACUAAUGAUAGAUUUUGGAAGGUGAGGCCUUUAUAUGAAGCUAUACGAAAAUAUUGUACUAGUUUACAGCUAGAAUCAACAUUCAGUGUUGAUGAACAAAUGGUCCCUUUUAAGGGACAAUUAAAUGUAAAACAAUAUAUUAAAAACAAACCAACCAAAUGGGGCGUAAAAUUAUUUUGUUUAUGUGGAAUAUCAGGAAUGAUUUAUGAUUUUAUAAUUUAUCAAGGAUCUACCACGGAAAUUAGGCCAGAAUAUUCUCAAUUUGGACAAAGUGCAUCUUUAGUAAUGCAGUUAUCCGAAAGAAUUAAUGUGCCCAACUGUACAUUAUUUUUCGAUAACUAUUUCAGUACAUUUUGGCUGUUUGAAUGGUUGAAAAAUCGAAAUAUUUAUGCUGCCGGUACAAUUAGAGUUGAUAGGUUUAUGAAACCCCCAUUUACUACCGAUAAAGAAAUUAAAAAACACCACAGUAGAGGCUACAUGGAAAAUUUAAUUUGUAAUACGUCUGGAGUGGUGUUAACAAAAUGGUAUGAUAAUUCAAGUGUAGUUCUGGCUUCAAAUUUUUGUGGUAUAGGACAAGUUGACCAAUGUCGACGUUAUGACAAAAAAAAUAAAAAAUAUGUAGACGUUCAAAGACCGGAAGUUGUAGCCCGUUAUAAUGAAGGAAUGGGUGGAGUAGACAAAUGUGAUCACUUAAUAUCGUUGUACAGAAUUUUUAUAAGGUCAAAAAAGUGGACUUUACGCCUCAUAACUCAUGGAAUUGAUAUAGCUGCAGUGAAUUCAUGGAUUGAGUAUAAAAAAGAAGCAAAAUCUUUAGGACUUCACGAAAAAAAAAUCCUAGAUCUUAUACACUUUAGACAGUACUUGGCUGAAGCGUUAAUUUUAUCAGGUAAACCUGUUACAAAAAAAAGAGGUCGUCCUGGUAAUAGUUCGUCCACAUCUAUUUCACCUACAUCAACACCAAAAACUAAACAGCAACGACCAAUUAAUGAUGUGCGAUUUGAUGAUAUAGGACAUACACCAGUAUUCCUGGAUAAGAAAGAGGCUGGAAGAUGUAAGAAUUUUGGUUGUAAAUCUAAAACGUAUGUAAGCUGUAAAAAAUGUAGUGUCAACUUAUGUAUAGCACGUAAGCAAAAUUGUUUUGAAUCAUUUCAUUCUAAAUAAAAAAUAGUUUUAAAUAUAAUUUUGACUUUAAACCAUGUAAUGUUUUAAUUUUAAACUUUUAUUUUAAUUCCAUAGAUUAUUAUUUAAUAAUUUGAUAAAUGUUUCUUAAUAAAGCAUAUCUAAAUUCAUAAGAAUCCAAAUGAUGUAGUAUUUUUUGUAUUAUUUAACAUAGAUACCUUUACGUCAUCUUGUCCUGUUGAGAGGACACAUUAUAUCUCAGGAUCAGCCUGUCCAAACAAUUUGGGACCAACUUUAAAAAACUUUUAAAAUUAAGCUUAAUUCAAAUUAGUUGAAAAAAAAAUUUUUUUUCUUUAAAUAUAAAUAUAUGACGGAAAGGGUUAAGCAUCAAUCGAAGCAAAGAUCUGAGGUUCUAUUGCUGAAUGAUAUAGUCUCCUCUUCAUGUAUUUCAUUUCAUGGUACUGAAUCUUUUGUCAUUUAUGUUACUUAUUGCUUAGAUAAUAAUGUACCUAAAUUAAAGAGAUUGAAAUAUCGCUAAUAAUAUUAUACAUUUUUAAUAAAAUUAAAUAUAAAUUCGACAUCCGUAGUCUAUAUGGUGGGAAAGUAUGAUUUUAAAUUAAGAUUCUGAUCAUUAUUAUUUUGUUGACCCCUUUUGAGUGCCCCUUCACCCACACCUUGGGACGCUUUUAAAAAGUUGGACAAUUAUUGAAAAAAAACUGAAUUGUUGCAAAAAAAACUUCCCAUUGGAAACAUAUAUUAUUAUUAAA